UUUGGGACUGCACCGCGGACUCAGAGGAGGAGGAGUUCCGCACUUUCUGUUUGACGCUUUCUGGGAGACAAGACGAUGUCUGAGCAUUCAGGAAAACCGACAAAUUAACACUUUAACUACAUUUGUUUUUCAAAAUGAUGCGUUUUCUGCUGCUCUUCAGUCGCCAAGGGAAGCUCCGGCUGCAGAAGUGGUUCCUGCCAAUUACUGAGCGAGAGAAGAAAAAGAUCAUAAGGGACAUGACCACCAUGGUGCUGGCUCGAAAACCACGCACGUGUAACUUUCUGCACUGGAGAGAUCUGAAGAUUGUCUAUAAGAGAUAUGCCAGUCUAUACUUCUGCUGUGGCUUGGAGGACCAGGACAACGAGCUACUGGCUUUGGAAGUGCUGCAUCGAUAUGUUGAACUGCUUGACAAGUACUUUGGCAAUGUGUGUGAGCUGGACAUCAUCUUUAACUUUGAGAAGGCGUAUUUCAUCUUGGACGAGUUCCUAAUGGGAGGAGAGAUACAGGAAACCUCCAAACUGUCUAUUGCGAAAUCUAUCGAGGCUUCAGACAUGCUGCAGGAGACGAUGGAAGAGUACAUGAGCAAGCCGGCCUUUUAGCAGCUCGUCAGAUGGAAGCAGCACUCAUCAUCGGAACAAACAUUGCAGCACUCACAAACAGACCAUGGCUUCUGGUUACAGUUUUAUAAUAGAGGUUAAGAAGACAUGAUGUUACUGUUUAAACUGUGUAUGUGAAGGAAAUAUCUGUGUGCAGUACAUCUGGGAGAAACUACGCUUUUCCAGUCACAAUGUCAAAUGGAACUUUUUAAACAAUAGUAACUCUUACUUAUAUUAUUAAGUAUCUGAGGAGUGCUUGUCUGGUACUUUCACUACUACAACCCAUUUCUCCCCUCUGACUUCUUUUUUACUUAAAAUGGUUCAUUUGAAGCAGAAGAAAUACAGCCUUGGGAGAACUUGAGCAAAGUUGCACAGCUUGGCGUGAAGUUUCAGUUCACAUCCUCAUUUACCUGAUUAUUAGCUCGAUUUGCGAUAAUUCUACUGAACCUAAAAUUAAUGUUAAGUGCCUACUUUGUAUGUCUUCUACGUGUUUUAAUGAGUGUGGUGUAUGUCUUAUCAAAGCAGAUAUUUUGAAUCUCGAAAACAUUUGAAGAGUGAUUUUAUAUGCAUUGAACUGAUUGCUUGCUAUUAUGCUAUGAUGAUUAACUGUAAAAUCGACACUGUUAAUAUUCACAUUAAAAUGUAUUUUGAUACA